AUGCUCCCGGAAGCCAAGAGUUUGCUCCAAACUAUCGUUUCAAGAAAGGGGAAAGAGUCAGCUUCUGUUGUUUUUGCAACAAUUCUUGCAACCAAAGGUACCCAAAGAUCUGAUCUUUAUGUUUUCGAUGGCCUUAUCAGUGCUUAUCUAGAAUCAGAUUUUGUAUCCGAUGCUAUUCAAUGUUUUAGGUUGUCUAAAAAGCAUAAAAUCCGGGUUGCAUUUGAUGCUUGUAAAAAUAUUCUUGAACAUUUAAUGAAAUUGAAGUCUUUCAAGUUGGCUUGGGAAUUUCAUAAGGAGAUUUUGGAAUGUGGAUAUCCUGCAAGUUUGUAUUUUUUCAAUAUUUUGAUGCACAAAUUUUGCAAAGAAGGGGAAAUGAGGGUAGCGCAGUCGAUUUUUGAUGAAAUCAGGAAAUGGGGUUUGAGGCCCAGUGUUGUUAGUUUCAAUACUUUGAUGAAUGGAUACGUGAGGUUGGGUGAUUUGGAUGAGGGGUUCAGGCUGAACAAUGCAAUGGAGGGGAGUGGCGUUCUUCCUGAUGUUUAUACUUACAGUAUCUUGAUUAAUGGGUUGUGUAGGGAAAACAGAAUGGAUGAUGCAAAUGAGUUGUUCAACGAAAUGUUUGGCAAAGGAUUGGUUCCGAAUGAUGUUACUUUCACUACAUUGAUUAAUGGGCAUUGCAAGAAUGGGAGGAUUGAUGUGGCCAUGGAAAUUUAUCAGCAAAUGUUGGGACAAGGCUUGGAACCCGACUUGAUCACGUAUAAUACGCUUAUCGAUGGGCUUUGCAAGAACGAUGAUUUGACGGAAGCAUGGGACCUUGUUGAUCAGAUGACUCGGAAGGGUUUGAAGCCUGACAAAAUAACAUACACUACUCUUAUUGAUGGAUAUUGUAAGGAGGGAAAUUUGGAAAAGGCGUUUGAGAUUAGGGAAGAAAUGAUUAAGGAAAGUAUUGCGCUUGAUAAUGUGGCUUACACAGCCAUUAUUUCUGGUUUAUGUCGGGAAGGGCAAGUGGUUGAUGCAGAAAGAAUGUUGAGAGAAAUGGUGACUGUUGGUUUGAGCCCUAAUGAUGCAACAUAUACAAUGAUCAUAGAUGGGCUUUGUAGGAAAGGUGAUGUGAGAAAAGGUUUCAAGUUGCUUAAGGAGAUGCAGAGUGAUGGACAUAAACCAGGAGUUGUCACUUAUAACGUGCUUAUGAAUGGUUAUUGCAAACAAGGACAGAUGAAAAAUGCGGAUAUGCUCCUAAAUGCAAUGCUGAAUCUAGGAAUUUUUCCUGAUGACAUUACAUAUAACAUCCUACUGGAAGGGCACUGUACAUAUGGAAACCGAGAGGAUGUUGAUAAGCUGCGUAGCGCAAAAGGUCUUGUUCUUGACUAUGCUUCAUAUACUUCACUUGUUGGGAGCUUAAGCAAACAAUUUCGACACCGUUUCGGGAGAUGA